AUCGUGUCUCAGUUCAUCCAUGAAACCGAACAGCCAUGGAGGCGCCCGGAAAAGAAAAGAAAAGAGUCUCCUCCGCUGCUCCACCAGACAGACAGACAGACAGUCACGCACACUCAGUCAGUCUCUCCGCCAGACAAUCACGGGGAUGGGGGGCUGCUGGUGAACGGUCCGCACGAGGGUCAUCGUGCCCACAUGAAAGCCCAACACUUGCUCGCAUCUCGGCGCCGGUCGUGCUGGUGGCGGGGCCGGCGCGCGCAUAACGACGGGAGACCGCUGAAUAUCGCCAGGGGUCGGUGGCACACUUGUGGAGCAUGAGGAGAGGAGUAGCGGCUUCGGUUGAUGUGUCGGUGCUGCCGCAGUGGACAGAGUGUGGUGGUCGCUGUGGGGGCUGCCGCUGCUGCCGCCGGUCCCGACCACAACAAAGGCUGGAAGGAUUGGCGGGCCGCGCGGCUCCUCUCUGGCGGGCGUCUCGUCGUCCAAGAACAGCGGCGUGCUGGCCCACCGGGGGAGGUCAGUGUCGCCCGGGGAGAACGGAACUGCAUUCGGCCAGAACGGAUCGUCUUCACCGUCGUCAUCCGCCAGGUCCGCGGGCAGACGCAUUAACUCAGCUCUCGACUACACACACACACAAGUGAAUGGCAUACCCAUUCUUCCCUGGGCGGAUCCCCGGGUGUGGUGUGGCGUGCGUACCGCCAUUGCGAUCCGUCCGGGCAUUUCACCAGCAGCAGCGCUCUUGUGGACGUCGCUGAGCAUCUCGACCAGCCGGUCAUGCGCCCGAAAAAUCUUUGCGAACCUCAGCAGCGCCUUGGUCGGCAACCACAUGUCGCGACCUGAGUCUACGACUCUCGGACCCUCCACACACAGACAGACACACACACGUACGUGACGGAACCAAGAUACACACGAUGCAAUCAACAGCCGAGCGCAAUCAUACCCCGUCGCUGGCGUUGACCUCCUGUCGGUCUAGUCGGCCUUCUGGCGUUGAGGGGUCCUUGCGAAGACGGUCGAGGUCGACCAGGACGGCCUCGUACAUCCCAUCGCCCGUCACGCGCAAACCAAUGUUACCCAGCUGCACACACACACACACAGACAGAGAGAGAGAGAGAGAGAUGGCAAGGGCGUUAUGUGUCUGUCUGCGGGUGUGCCCGCUCCUUACGUGGGGGUCGCCGUGCACCAGCUGAAGGUACAGCAGCUCCUCCAGGGCCGCAAACACUCCGUCGCAGAUCUUGGCGAUUGUCAUUGUCGCCUUCAGGCGAUCAGUGGGCACCUUGAUUUCACGAAACAUCACUGAGACCAUGAGAGCACACACACACACACACACUCACACUCACAAACACACGUGAGCUAGCCAGUCUGUCUGUCUGUCUAGCUAGCCAGUCUGUCUGUCUGUCUGUCUGCCAGUCUGUCUGUCUGCCUGUCUGUCCCUUUUGCUUACUGUCGAUCCAUUCCAUUCUGUAAGCCGUCAGCCGUUCCUCGUCGGGCCGGUGAGGUGGUAGACGUCCUCGAUCUUGACAAUGUUCUCCCCCGGUGUCCACUGCCGACAGAGCUCCAUCCAGACGUCGUUGCCAGUCCUUUGAAAGCCGCCCACCUGCACAUAGAAAACACACAACAGACAGACACACACACUGACAUGGGUGCAUGGUGCUGUGUUUGUGUCUGUCUGCACUUACAUACCAUUUUGGCGCAGUCGUGCUGUUCAUGGAGCACCUUGACGGCCCACUUGCGGCCUUCCCGGUCAGUCAUCGGCAGGACGACACCGAAGCCGCCCAGCCGCUGCUUCUCGCCCCGGUCGAGCGACAGCCCGUGGUCCCUCGACAAGCAAUCCUGACCGAAGGAGUCAGUCAAGGAGUUCAUCAAACGACAGACUGACUGACUGACAGACUGACUGACUGACAGGCAUUCGCUUACCAUUGCAAUCGACAGCCUGUGGAGCUGCUGGGGCGUCAGCUCCCGCAGGCCAUUGGCCCCCUCCGCAGAGCCUCCGUUGGGCUGCAUGACACACGCACACGCCACACGAGCCAAUGCACCUCAUCUCAUCAGUGAGUCGAGUGAGUGCACUAGUGGCUUGACGAAGGCCUCGCUCACCGGCAUGGGACUGACGAGUGCUCACGCGGCAAUGCUUCCCUGCU